GACAUUUGACAGAACUUUUGAAGUUCUAAUUCUGAUUUCCGGUAAAGGUAAAACAUUAAAUAUAUUUAUUAUGGCGAGUGGUUCUAAGAAAAGAAUUAUGGUGGAAACAAAAAAUUUAUCGAAAGAUCCUCCUCCUGGUAUAAGUGCAACACCUGAUGAAUCAAAUUGCAGAUAUUUUCACGUAGUAAUGGCUGGGCCAGCUGGUUCUCCGUAUGAAGGUGGAUUAUUUAAACUAGAAUUAUUUUUACCUGAAAAUUAUCCAAUGUCUCCACCCAAUGUAAGAUUUUUAACUAAAAUAUAUCAUCCAAAUAUAGAUAAACUAGGAAGAAUAUGUUUGGAUAUUCUCAAGGAUCAGUGGUCUCCUGCUCUACAAGUAAGAACAGUUUUGUUAUCAAUCCAAGCACUAUUAAGCAGUCCGAAUCCUGAUGAUCCUCUUGCAAAUGAUGUUGCCAACAUGUGGAAAAGCCGAGAACAAGAAGCUGUUCUCAAAGCGAAGGAAUGGACAAGACAAUAUGCUAUGGAAUAAUAUAGUGAAAAUGUCACAAGACUGACUGUGAUACUAUCUAUUAACAUGUUAACGUUAAAAUAAUAUAUUUUCAUUUAAUGUGAUCUUUGGAUAAUGUAUAAACUUGUAGCCUUAAAAUUUUGUAUCUGAUGUUUACAAAGUAAGUUAGUUUAGUUAUAGCUUUCAGAUUGAAAAAUCUCCCGGUUUCGUUUUUAAUUAAUGUGAACAUUUUCUGUAUUUUGGGAGUUUGACAGAAAAUUCGUAUUAAAUUUGGUAUAAAUUUUGAAGUACGAUUUGAUAAAAUUGAAUAUUCCACUUCAAUAGAUGAAAGAAUAGCAAUUAAUUUUGCUGAUCUGAUAAAUACAAAUUAAGAGAAUAUAAACUGAUUGUUUCUAGAGAUCUACUUGUGACUUUUUAUGAAUGCCAAAAUACAUAUUUUUAUUAUAGGGAAAUGUAAUACCAAAUAGUAAUAAAAAAUGGAAUUUUGAUAAACUUUUCUAUACUGAGGACCCAUUUAAAAAGCUAAACUUCAUAGAUAUAUGAAUUCAAUAUUGUUACAAUUAUAAUGAAAUUGGGACAUUUUCUUUCAAACUAAUAGAAAUUUGAACUUUGAGUUGUUACACUAUUGAACUGAUUUUUUUCUAAAAUUAUGAUAUAUUACUUGUUUUUCUGGAUAGAUGACUGGUGAAUUGUUCUAAUUUUUUUACUAGAUUUAAAAUAAAAACAACUGUUAUAAAAUUGAAAAA